AUGGAGGCGCCGAGUCCGGCCCGCGACCGGCGCGGCGAGCCCAAGAAAGCCGACGGGCUCUUCACACUGCAGCAGGACCCGGCGUACCAGCUCCACUUUGUCAACCACGAGAAGCCCAAGCCGGAGCGGCCCACGAACGCCGGCCUCGCGUCGCCGUCGUCAUUGCG